AUGCCGAAAAUUGAUCCAGAAACCCAAGCCCUCUACGAUGAGAUCAAUGGCAUGAUACAAAAGUUUAAGGAUGAUCAAAAGGCGAAGGCGGACUGCACGCUGGCGGACAAAUGCGGUGACAUGGGGGAUGUGCCCAAAAUACGAUUUUCUUCGAAAAAGAUUUUAAAAGGUCACAUUAACAAGGUGAACUCGGUGCAUUUUGCGGGCGAUUCACGCCACUGUGUCACCGGCUCAUUGGAUGGCAAACUGAUCAUUUGGGACACCUGGACGGCAAACAAGGUGCAGAUUAUACCAUUGCGCUCGGCUUGGGUAAUGACCGUCGCCUUCUCGCCGUCGGGCAACUUUGUGGCCUGCGGUGGCAUGGACAACCAAUGCACCGUCUACGAUGUGAACAAUCGUGAUGCUUCUGGAGUGGCCAAAAUGGUGAUUGAGCUAAUUGGCUAUGAGGGAUUUCUAAGCUCGUGUCGUUUUCUGGAUGAUGGCCAUUUGAUAACCGGUUCGGGUGAUAUGAAAAUCUGCCACUGGGACUUGGAGAAGGGCGUCAAGACUAUGGACUUUAAUGGGCAUGCUGGCGAUAUUGCGGGUCUUUCAUUGUCACCCGAUAUGAAUACCUAUAUAACCGGCUCAGUGGACAAAACUGCCAAGUUGUGGGAUGUACGCGAACAGGGACACAAGCAAAUGUUCUUCGGUCACACCAUGGAUGUGUCCUCCGUUUGCUAUCAUCCAAGCGGUUUUGGCUUCGCCUCCUGCUCGGAGGAUCAAACGGCACGCAUGUACGAUUUGCGUGCAGACCAACAAAUUGGACUCUAUGAGCCGCCCCAGAAGAACACGGGCUUCACCUCGUGCGCUCUAUCGACCAGCGGUCGCUACUUAUUGUGCGCCGGCAUUGAGGGCAGUGUGCACUCGUGGGAUGCAAUGAAGCAACGGCACACGGGCACGCUGUCUGGACAUGAAAAUCGGAUAACUUGCAUCAGCCUGUGCCCCAAUGGCAUGUGUCUAGCCUCGACCAGUUGGGAUCAACAAGUGCGCCUGUGGCUCUAAUUGAGGAACAUUCCACUUUUGACACUCCACACUUGGUUCAAUAUACAUAGAUUAAUGGCAUUAUUAACAAAUCUUUGUAGCUUAUUACUUGGCGUAACAACCACAUGAUAUUGAGAAUAAAGUGCAUGAA